AUGGAGCGACGAUCUCGUGGAGAAUCAUUCUCUUCACUUCCACCAUUAUCGACAUCAACUGGCAGUCAGCCGAAUUCAAGUUUGCUAUCACCACCACUACCUCGGAGACCUAAUGAUGUCACUUCCCCGCCACAUCAAAGGAAUAUCUCCACUUCUUCCAUCCGCUCAAACCACUCGUUCGCUUCCUCCCAAUUGGCUUCGUCACCGGACAGAUUCUACCAGUCCAGCAUCAAUUCUCGAUCAACUACUCCCAUACCAGUGUCGUCGGAAAAGGAUGUAGCCAUUGCGAUGCCUCAGACAGAGAUCUUUGUUUGUCCCAUUUGUAAUGAUGUGAUGGUGUCGUUGGCCCAAUUGAAUCAGCAUUUAGACGAUUCACACUAUGACGAUGACCCGGCUGCAGCCAUCGCAGCCUGGUUUAGAAAAACGCAACGUCAAAUACUAAACCCAUUAGAGAAAUUGUCCACGCAAUUCUCAGCUGCUGCUGCGGUACCAUUAUCAAAAUCAGUCUCAAAUCUAAACAUAAAUUUCAACUCUCUACUACCACCACCUGUCGCCGCCGCCGUUGGAGUCUCACAACAAAAUAAUCUGGAACUGAAUCAAAACAUAUCAUCAGUCGUACAAACAUUUGGUCUUCCCAUUGCUGGCAAUCCAGGCGCCUCAUCGUCAUCAUCAAAUCAUAACAGUGGUGCAUUUACAGCAGCCAUAGCAUCCUCAGUACAAGUCACAUCUCCCGAAUCAACAUCUGAAAUCACCGUCACAAAAGACCACUGGCAAAGAGAGGGGCCAUAUGAUACAUGCUCCUUCCCAACAUGUAAAAAAGCACUACACAACAAUGCACCAUUUGAAACCACUCGUAAACACCAUUGUCGGAAAUGUGGCAAGAUUUAUUGCGAUACUCAUGCAAACUACCAAAUGAAACUGGCUCCGCACGACGCGAGACAUGAUGCUGUGAAUGGGGUGUGGUGUAGGGUGUGUGAGACUUGUUAUAAAGGUCGGGAGGGGUAUAUAGAACCUAUUGGUACAUUGCGGAAUCGGACGAAUCUGUUUAUCAAUGCGAGGAGGGGGCGUGUGGAUAAGAUUAAUUUGGAUGUCAACAAGCUAGAAAAGAGAUUGGAGAAGCUCGUUCGAAUGUAUUCGGAAGGGGCCAAUUCAACAGGUGCCAAGGCGCUUGCUAGAUCAUUACGGAAUACGAAAUCCAUGGAACAAAUGGUGGUCGCAUGGCAAGACGAUCGAUCGGUUCUAAAUUGUCCUCUCUGCGGAUCUACCUUCAAUCCCUUAAACAUGCGACGUCAUCAUUGUCGUUUAUGUGGACGAGUCAUUUGUGGACAGGAGUCGUGUAGCAGCAUUGUCCAACUAUACGAAUCCAUGGCUGGUCCACCUAUACCUACUCCUUCGACAUCAAGUAGUACUCCACAACCAUCACAACAACGACCAUCAACCCCUUCCAUAAGUAGUGGUGGUGAUGAUGACGAUGAUAAAGAUCAAGUGGUUGGUGAAGUUCGUGUGUGUAGAGAUUGUAGGAGGCUAGUUUUCAGGAGGAGAGAGCAGAUUCUAGAAGCUGCGAAUCAACCAGCGGUUAUGAAAAUAUGUCAGGCUGUUGCUCGGUAUCGAAACUUUAUUGAAGAGCUGCUUCCCAAGUUCAAUACUCUGGUGGUUAAUAUGGUAGGACGAAAAGUGGCAGUCGAAGACCGUGAUUAUCAACUGGCGCUUCGAUAUCGCAAGAAUCUGCUCGACUACUUUUCACAGUUGGAUGCAUUGGGUAAAAAAGCCAAAGCUCUACCAUCAAAAACAUCAUCCACAGCACGAUUACAUCAAAACAUUUACAUGGCAACCAGUCAAUAUCUACAAGCCAACAUGUAUACUCUUCAAUUGAUGCCCAAAGUAUUCAAAGAUCAGCCGCAACUACCAUCUAAAUCUAUAAACGAAGUCGUUGGAAAUGGUCAUGCUCCUGAAUCCAUAGGGAAAUUACGAGUCUUGACUGGUGCUGAGAAGGCUGAACUCGAGUCUUGUAAAGGCAGUUUGAAUGUCUUGUUGGAACAGGUUGCCAAUGUAGAAACGUUUAUAGCUGAUGCGACAAAGAAGAGGCGGUUUGAAGAUGCCUCGUCGUUGAAGGAGUCUCUGGAGGAAUUGAAGAAGGAGAUUGAUGGUGUUCGGAAACGAAUGGCUGAGUUGACUAGUGGUAGUAGUGGUAAUGCGAAGUAG